AUUAAUAGAAUACAAGAAAGUACUUUGGUUACGCUCCUUCUCGACUCUAAGCCACUCUCUGUUCUUUGUCAAGUGGGUGAUUUUGGAUGUGGAGAUGGAGGGUGGACACCGGUAAUGAAGAUUGAUGGCAAUAAGGUUUGCGUACAUCUCUUGUUGUUGUUUGUUUGUUUUUACUACUUUUUUUUUUUCCAGGAUCAAUAGAGCAAAGAGUAAUUUUGAAUUAGUACAGAGUCCCUUUUUAGUACAAUCCCUUUUUUUGAUAAGAUCCUGGAAGAGAUCUGCAAUGAUAAUGUCAACUAGAUCAACUAAACAAUGUUACCCUGCUUUUCGAUUGCUCAGGCUUGUCAAGGUAAUGGCUGUUAUGAAGAAAAAACAAAACAAAAAAAAAACAUUAAUGAAAUAUUUCCUAUUAUUUUUAAGAGAACCUUUCAUUAUAGCAGCUCUUACUGGACUGACAAAAACGAAUACAACUCUCCUGGAGGGGAGACUGGGUUUGACGAAAAUGAAAUGAAAUUACCCACCUACUGGAACACUUCGUUCUCUAGGAUCUGUCUUGGUAUGAAGAUCGACCAACAGCUCAGGUUCAUUGUCGUCAACAAGCAGGCCGACUCUUUGUACUCACUAAUCGCUAAUGGGAAAUACCGCGAAACGUCACUGGGUCGCAACACUUGGAAGGAGAUGGUUGGUGCAAAUACUUCUCUGCAGAAAAACUGCAACAAGGAAGGUUUCAAUGUUGUUUGUCAGGCCACAGACUCCCCUAAAGCCAGGAUUGGUAUUGUUAGCAACCAACAGAACGACUGCAACACAUGCAACUCAAGGAUCGGCUUUGGUACAGGAGGAAAACCUGAUGAUUCAAACACGUGUGGCAAUGAAGCAAACUUGAACCCGGAUAAUGGUGUGAAACACAUCAAAGCGAUGGGAUACAUUCUGGUACAAUAA